CCUUGGAAAGUCUAACCUAAUCUAGACAGAGUUGCAAUGUAGGUGUAGCCUGAUUAGUAUGCGUCCAUCAAAAGGAGGGUGGGUCUAACUGGUUGAGCGUACAGCCGAGUUGAUUUCAACUCCUGCUGGGGACGCGAGUAGCAGCUGCUGCUUCGUCUUCCCUUUGAAAGGAAAUGGAAUAGCAAACAUCAGAGUGCAUCGCAGUAGCAUGGACAAAUGUGCUAAGUGCUGGGACACAUGAAUAAAACAGAAGAGGACCUUGCCCUCGGCCAGCUUGCAGUCUAGUAGCAGGUGCUUGCUGAAGAAAAUUUACCCAGAUCACCCUUCGUGGAAGUGGUUCAUAUAUCCUGGUUCAAACCUUCAAGGAGGAAGCAGGCAGGUCGACAUGGACCAGCAACUGAAGAAAAGGGCAAAGACACAAGACGGGAAAGGCCUGGAUAGAAGAGCCAUCGUCGCUGGGGAUAAGCCACAGCGAGCCCAGGCCAGCCCAGCCCGGCAGGAAUCUCUCGACAUGACGUGGGCCUUAGGUGGUGAAGAUGUGUACUGUGAGACUUGCCAUCAGCUUGUUGGAGAGGAUUCCUUCUGCGACUGUUACAUAGAAUGCAUAAUAAGAGGUGAGUUUUCUGAACCCAUCCUGGAAGAAGACUUACUUCUUAAGUCCUUUGACUGCCUGACAGAAGGAUCAGAACAAGACCUUUCUCAACAGCUUCUUACCGCCAGCUCUCUUCUCGAAUGUUCUCUGGAAUACGUGAAAAAAGGGGCAAAACAAGACCUUCCCCAAGAGACUGUUGGCGAGAAUUCACUUCUUGGGUAUCCUGAGUACAUGACAGGCAAGAGGCUUCCUCCUGGAGGAAUAUCCAGCGUUGACUUACCAGAUCCCCAACAGCUCUCAGAAUCUGCUAGAAAGAAGCCAGGAAAAAAUCAAGAAUGUGAUGCUCCAGAAAAAAUUGUUUGUCCUCAGAGCGGAUGCACAAAAAAGUUGAAGAAUAAGGCUUCCCUGAGAAAACAUCUCCUCGUUCAUGGGCCCCGAGAUCACGUAUGUGCAGAAUGUGGGAAAGCGUUCAAUGAGAGCACAAAACUAAAAAGGCAUUUCCUGGUUCAUACUGGAGAGAAGCCAUUUCAGUGCACUUUCGAAGGGUGUGGAAAACGCUUUUCCCUGGACUUCAACUUGCGUACACAUGUACGCAUCCACACCGGGGAGAAACGUUUUAUGUGUCCCUUCGAAGGCUGUCACAAGAGGUUUAUUCAGUCAAACAACAUGAAAGUUCACAUCUUAACUCAUGCAAAGACAAAAGGGAAUCAAUGAAAGAGAAGAUGGAGAAUAAUCUUUUAACAGGAUAAUUAUAUUAACAAAAGAGUGAUUGGGAACAAAUAUGCCCCAUUGAUUAUUGCUUCAGGAAAGAAUUUUUAAAUCAAUAUUGCAACCUUAAAGGCAUAUUUUUUAAUAUUGCUAAGAUGCUCCUAUAGUUUGUGAUGCCGUUUUAGAACACCGUGUAUUGAAUUUUAUUGUGCUUCCAAUAGGAAGGUCAGUACGAACUUACUUCAAAAGUGUAAGCCUUAAUACAUUGCAAAUUGGGCUAUUGGAUAUGGGACUUAAUUUCACAUACUAUAAUUAUAAAAUUAAUUGAGUGUUAAGUUUGUAGUUUCCAAUCAUUUAGCUUUUUUGCCUUUUAAGAAUAUACUUCAUGCUGCAUGUGAUAAUCCUAGAGAAUGAAAAUUUUGCAGUAGAUUGUCAAUAGGUUGAUGAGUACUUAAACAUUUUUAAAAGUUAAGUAUAAUUUUUAAUCAUUUCUUUUUUGGUCGUUGUAUCAAACUAUGCUGCAAUCACACAGCUAGAUGUGAGUGGUUGUUUGACAGUGUCGAUCAAUCCAUUUGAAUCCAUUUUAGAUAUUUUAAAAUAGAAGGAAAUAAAACCCCAGAAAUGUGCUAAAUUUGGAUUAAAAAAGUCAAAAAAAUAGGCAUGAAAAAGAGAUACUAUUUGUUUGUCUUCAAAAUUUGCAAAACAUUGCAAAGAUUGAUAGUUCAGUAACGGUGCAGUGUCGGGGAGAAGUUACCCUUCUCUAUGGUUGGUUACCGUGUAAAUUGUGACAGCCGUUUUGGGGGUAUUUUGCAAGAAUGUUCUAUCAGUUAUCUAGGACUGUUGUAACAGUACCACCAACUGGGUAGCUUAAACAACAGAAAUUUGUUGUCUCGUAAUUCUGGAAGCUGGAAGUCCGAAAGCAAGGUGUUGGCAGGAUUGGUUCCUUUUGAGGGUUGUGAAGGAAGGAUAUGUUCCAGGCUUCUCUUGACUUGUAGAUGGCUAUCUUCUUGUUUACAUGGUGUUCUCGUUGUAUCUUCAUAUUAUCUUCUCUCUGUUCAUGUCUGUGUCUGGAUUUCCUUUUAAAAGGACCCCAGCCAUGUUGGACUAGAAUCCACUCUCAUGACCUCAUUUUAACAUGAUUCCCUUUGCAGAGACACCAUCUCUAAAUAAGGUCACAUUCCCAGGUACUGGAGGUUAGGAUCUGAACACAAAUUUCGGGGGGUGCACAAUUCAACCCAUAGCAUGCAUUCAUUUAGACUCAAUAGUUUCACUUCUAGAACUCAAUUCUAUAGAAUUUUGCACUAAUGUACGCAGAUAUUUGUUUAAGGAUGGUAACUGAAGCAUAUUUUUAAGAGUAAUAAAUUCAUAACUUAAAUGUCCAUUAAGAGAGAACAGGUUGCAUAAAGCGUGAUACCUCUAUUCAAUAGACAAUGUGCAAAUAUUGUUAAAGGAAGCUUGGCUGUAAAGGGAAGGAAAGAGGACCACAGGUGGAGGGAAGCCAGAGAGUAAGAGAAAGUUUGUUGUUUUUUAAUAGAUGGGACAGAAUCUAGCGUAUUUAUAUGUUAUGGAAGAAAAUUCAGAGAAAGUGGUUAAGGGGGAAAAUUGAUCAUCCAGAGAUGGCAGGUAAAAAUAAAACUAUAGCCUAAUACAAGGAUUAACUUAUUUUUAUGAUUAUAAACUGAAUCCCUCAUUGGAAUCACCUUGUAAUAGGCAGAAAAUAUGUAGCUAUCAAACUUGAAAUGUCUUUUUCCCCAGAAUCAAUGUUGUAAUCAGAUAUAGUUAGAAUACCAUAUUUUUUUGAUUUUAAGAUUUAGGACACCACUGGAGGCAAUGGUAAUAUAUACCAUGAACUUUUCAGGAAAAAAAAUCAACACAAUGUAUAAAAAUGUCAACUUUAAGAUUAAUCUUGAUUUUAGAAAUGUGAAAAAGUAAAAACAUGUAUAACUUAAAAACGAAGAAAAAAAUCCAGGGCUUACAUUUUGACUUCCCAAUGAACUAUUUAUUACUAUGGACUGUUAUGGAAAUUUAAUUUUUAUUUAUAAUAUAUUUGGUAUGGCAUUUAUACCAUCAUUUCUAUAGGGAUGUAGGUCCUCAAUCUCUAAAUUAAAAGGAACAUUGGACACAUAAUCCAUUCAUAAGUUUGGAAUGUCUCUAAAUCAAACAGCUGAGGGUAGAAUUUAGGAUGGGAACUCGGUAUUUGAUCAAGAUGAUUUGGCACAUGUUUGUCUAGUUUUGGCCUUGCCAGCAGAGUGUUUGAUUCGGUCUUUAUGGAUUCCUGCUUCAGAGUUGGAUUCAGACACAGCUCCUCUGAAGACUGAGCAAAAGGUGGGAUUAGAUAGAAAGCAGUCAAGAGCAGAUAAAGUCAAUGGCAGGGUUUAGGCUGCAAACUUUGGAGACCCAGGACUCAGAACAUCAAGAGGGAUCAAGGUUGACUUCCCCUGUGUGGAGGCUGGCUAAGAAUGUCAGAGGAAGAGGGCAUGUGGGUUAGUUGAUGAGGGUAUGUCAUCUGAAAUCUUUGUUAAUGUUUUGGAAAAGACGUGUACAUACACUUUCCACAUUUGUAUUUGAAGUAAUAAGAAUGAGCACAGGAUAUAUGAAUGCAAAUCCAGAGAAAACUGAAAAAGAAAAUCAAUCCUAGAUUUUUACGUUUCCAGAUACUGCCAUUUUACAAACUCAAAAUCCUGAUGACUGAAUAAAUGUUUUUCUGUUUUCAUGCUGGUAUUUGGAUUCACAGCCCAUAUCUUUUCUUUGUUUUUUAAUGGCCAAACAUUAACAGAAGAUAACACUAGAGAAAUACUUCCUACAAAAAAACCCUGAAAAUCUUAAGGUCAAACCCAUCACUUUCUUGGUUUCUCUAGCCCAUAGGGCAUAGUUCGUUGACACAACAAAUUAUGGAAUGAAUAAAUGCAUAAAAACAUAGCUUAAUACACUUUUUAAAAACUAAUAUAUAAAGUUGUAAGGAUUAUGUAUAAUUCAAAACCAAUAAAGCAUUACUUGUUUUUAUAUGAAAUCUCCUGGUUACUGUGAAAUAAAGGUGAACAACUUUACUAAAGUAAUACAUGCUCAUUGAAAGAAAAAACACAGAAAUAUGUGCUUAUUAUUCAUGCAUACAUCAAUUCUUACUCCUCAAAAGUGAUUACCACCAUUAAAAGAGAUUUUCAAAAGUU